AUGCAUCCUUUUGACGAUAGAUCUAUAUUUACAUCGGAUCAGGAUAUAUUGUAUUUUCCUGGUAGAGGUCGUCUACAAAAAUUUUUAGAUUAUUGUCAUAGCUUUUUUAUGAUAUCAUCUACAAAUCCGAAUGCUCAAAGAUAUUUACGCAGUCGUACUUCAAUACUACGUGAAAAACGUCAACACAUUCGUAAAAACAAGGAAAUAAUUCAUCCUUUCAGUAAUUUUAGACAUUACUGGGACAUCUUGUUAAUCAUUGAUAUGACAAUUAUCUCAUUGAUAGUACCAUAUCAGGCAUCAUUUGGUAUUUCUCGACAGACACUUAUUUCAAAAAUAAUUAAAAAUUCUUUACUCCUUCUAUGUUGUGCAGACAUGAUCAUUAAUUUAUCUACCGGAUACUUGGAUAAAAACCAAUCUAUUAUCCAGAUGAAAAGGAAAAAAAUUAUAAAACAAUACAUGAAACAUGGUACGUUCUUUACCGAUCUUCUUGGUUCAUUUCCGACCGAUGUGAUAUUUGUGAAAAUGUGGGACGAAUACAAAGUAACUCAAGAAGUAGUUUCAUUGAUUUGUGUAUUUAGAUUAUUUUCUUUAAACGUUUAUAUCGGCAAAGUAACGCAUUCUAAAAGUACAUUAAUAUGUUAUCAUCAUUUUUUUAUCAUAUUCUUUUGGUUAUUUAUUUUCUUACAUUGGAUAACUUGCAUUUUCUGGUUAGUACCCAUUGCAACUACUUCAAUGAAACAAUUACGUUAUCCUAGAAUCGAUUCUUGGAUACAUGAGAUCGAUCUUUGGUACGAAUCUGAAUACAUACAAUAUCUCUUUUCAUUGAUGAUAACGAUUGGAAAUUGUCUGAGAUCAAGAUUAUAUGAAAGUGAUCGACAAAAUAUGCCUGAUCUUUACGUAAUAAUAAUUGCCAAAAUAAUAGGUACUCUAAUAACUUGGUUUCUUAUAGCAAGAUUGAUGCAACAUUUUAAAGGAACAAAUUCAUCUAAAUUGAGAUAUCAAAGUGCUGUUGGUCAAUUGACAAAAUAUAUGCAUCACAAACAACUUCCACGUUAUACUCAACGUCGUAUAAUCAAUUAUUAUGAAUUUCGUUUUCAACGACGUUACUUUCAAGAAUCUGAUAUAUUAAAUGCGUUAUCAUUGCAAAUACGUCAAGAAAUAAUAAUGCACUCGUGUAGAAAACUCGUUGAAAAUGUAACAUUCUUUAAUAAUCUUCCAAUGGUUCUUUUGAAUCGUAUAGUUGCUUUAUUAAAAUCGGAAAUAUUUUUAACUAACGACGUAAUUGUACGAGCCAACGAACUAGGAAAUUGCAUGUAUUUUAUUGGUAGCGGUACAGUUGCAAUUUAUACGAUUUCUGGUAAAGAAGUUUGCCAUCUUGAGGACGGUGCUCAUUUCGGUGAGAUAGCUCUCGUAAUGGCGGACGAACAUAGAGUCGCCAGCGUAGUAGCUGUUGAGAUUUGCGAACUUUAUCGACUCGACCGUGCCGACUUUGCUCGUACGAUAUAUCCUUAUCCUAUGAUGUGGGAACAUAUCAAAAACAUUGCCAUCGAAAGACACGAGAAAACUACGAUUCUUAGUAACUAA